AUUCACUCUAUACCAUUUGAGCCCAGUUAUCUUCGCUUCGACAGAUAGAAAAAUUGAAUGACAUCACUGAAUAUGGCCUCUGGGAUUAUUAAAAUUCAGAAAUAAAAAUCUGAAAAAAAAUAGUUUUUGAUGAGUACUUCAAUAAUUGGGCUCUCAGGGACCAGAAGAUGACUAACUGGAUUGUAAUUGGGAUUGGAGGUGCCACAUGCAGUGGAAAGACAACACUGGCCAAAAAACUUCACGAGAAAUUCAAAAAUUCUGUUCUUAUAAAUCAAGACACUUAUUUCCGUCCUAAAGACGAUCCACGACAUGUUCACAUCCCCGAAUUGAAUCAUCAUAAUUGGGAUAUCCUGGAGAGUCUAGACAUGAACAAGAUGCAUUCAGAUAUCUUGGGGAUCUUAUCGUCUGGUGAAGAUGAUAAUAAUCAAGGUGAAACGAAACUACUGAUCAUGGAUGGGUUUCUCCUCUUUAAUUAUAAACCGAUUUUUGAUUUGUGUGAUAUGAGGUAUUUUCUGGACUUGUCGAGGGAAGAGUGUGAAUGGAGGAGGAAUCGUCGGGUCUAUGAUCCACCGGAUGUGCCUCGAUAUUUCGAUAUGGUCGUGUGGCCAGAAUACGUGAGGUAUAAGAAGGAAAUUGAAGAUGACGAGGAAGUUCUGAGAGGAAUCACCUUUCUGGAUGGUACGGUGGAUAAUGAUCAGACAUUUCAACGAGUUUUUCGAGAAAUUUCCCAGAAAUUGUAAGAAAAUUGGAAAAGAAACCUUUUUAUCCUCAAUCAGGGGAAUUUUCCUUGUUUAAGACGCUUCUAACAAAUUUAGAUAUAGUCAAUUAUUUUUGAGACCUCAUUCAGAUCAUUUUGUGAAUAUCUUGUAAGUUAUGAGGUUCUGAGAAGAAUGUUAAAGUAGCUUCUUUGUACCCCAUUGAACCGUCUGUGAAAGAGGAUAUAAAUAUCUGAAGAAUGAUGAGAUUUACAUUGAGAAUUUUUUUUUUUUUUUUUGAGAAAUACGUCUUUACUCGUUUCAAGAAGCCCAUGGCUCGAAAAUUAACAAGAAGAAAUUGUUUCACAACGAGAAAAGAAAUCUUUCGUCAAGAGAUUUUGUACUUGUCUAAGAUGAGGGACAAUUUGUUUACAACAAGUAAGCGAUUUCUCGAACCAAGUCAAGUAGUUUUUGCAUUAAAAUAUGUUGAAUUUGAGACUUCUUAACUAUUGAAUAAAUUGAUUCAACUACACUUGUCAUAAACAAAUUAUUUUCGUGGUUGGAACAAGUAAAGAACCUCUUGAUGAAAGAUUUUUCGUUCUCAGUGUAAGCUAUUUUGUUCUUGUUAAUUUUUGAGCCAUGAGUUUCUUACUAGAAAACUUUUUUUCUCAUUGAAAAUAAAAAGGCCAAAGAAACCGUUUCUUUAGUAAAUAAAAUUCUUUAGAAAAAUGCCUUUUCAUGAAUUUCCAUUAACCUUAUCAUUUCCAAGAUAUUCACAAAAUAUUUACGAUGAAGAACUUCUCAGACGAAGUCGCUUUCUGAAUGGAACUGUCGACAAUUACCAGACAUUCCAACGAGUUUCAUGUAGAUUUCUCAGGAAUCAUAAGAAAAUAGGAGAGUAGAUCUUUUCUCGUAGUUUUGAACAUUUUUAGCAAAUUUACAAAUCGUCUAUUGUCUUUAGCUCAAUGCAUAUGAAAAUAUAUUAGAAGUUUUCAUAAUCUUUUCGAAGUUUUCAGUUUGAUGAAGUUUAUAGCACAAUUUGGAAAGGUAGUUUUUAAAAAAAAAAAAAAGUUUCUGAUGACUUUCACACUUCUCAGUUCUUUAUUCAGCAUCCUCAUUCUUCUUCUUAUUCUAGUUGAUCUGCUGAUAAGAUCCAGCCGUAGCCCGACGGCUCAGAAUUAUCACCACAUAUGAAAGUUAUUGAAUUCCUUAAAGAAACUUACAAACUAUGAAUUUUAUACCAUCCGUGCCAUUAUCAAUUUUUCUCUUCGCUUGCCUUGAAUAGCGAUUGUAUUUGAGCAUUUUUGUGAUCAAGCAAAUAAAAAGAUGAUAAAUUUACUGGUA